AUGGCUACCAACGGCACCAACGGCACCAACGGUGCUCAAAGUCUUCACCUGCCUUACCGUCUCGAUGGCAAAGUAGCCCUCGUCACUGGCUCCGGCCGCGGCAUUGGCGCUGCAAUGGCCCUCCAGCUCGCCACCUGCGGCGCCAGGAUCAUUGUCAACUAUGCAAAGUCUGCUGCGCCAGCGGCAAAAGUGGUCCAAGACAUCAAAAACCUGGGGUCUGACGCCGUCGCCAUACAAGCCGAUGUAAGCAAAGUACCGGAAAUUGUCCGUCUUAUGGACGAAGCAAAAUCCGUUUUCGGGCGUCUGGACAUUGUAUGCUCGAACGCUGGCGUGGUGUCCUUUGGGCACCUGGAAGAUGUUGACGAGGCCGAAUUCGACCGCGUAUUUUCAACUAAUACCCGCGGCCAAUUCUUCGUCGCUCGUGAAGCAUACAAACAUCUUGGACCGGGAGGCCGCAUCAUUCUCAUGAGCUCCAACACGGCUGAUUCCUUCACUGUCCCAAAGCACUCGCUUUACUCGGCCUCCAAAGCAGCCAUCAACGCCUUCGUCAGAUGUCUGUCUAAAGACUGUGGCGCAAAGAAAAUAACCAUUAAUGCUGUGGCGCCCGGCGGCAUUCUUACCGAUAUGCUGUUUGAGACGGCCAAGGACUAUAUUCCCAACUCGCAGGACCUGAGUGAGGAGCAGAUACUCAAGAUCGUGGCAAGCGUCUCGCCUCUGAACCGCUGUGGGCUGCCUGUCGAUAUUGCGCGUGUGGUUUGCUUCUUGGCCUCAGAGGAAGCGGAGUGGAUCAAUGGCAAAGUUAUGGGCAUCGAUGGGGGAGCGGCGUAG